AUGGCGAGUGGCAUAUAUUCGGGCCACAAGGAUGACCUUGCUUUGCUCUACAAUGAAGCUUUCCAGCUCGACGGCAAGAUCACGUCCGCGGAGAAGACCAUCAUCAGGGAGGCCACGGGCUGCGAGGUCCAGCAUCGCUCCAGGAGGGGCCAGCCGAAGACGCUGAAGAUCACGGGCCCCAAAGGCAUGGAGGCCCCCGCUGCAUCCAUGACGUGGGGCUUCUUGCGCAAGAACGGCAUCGAGACAGAAGCCCUGGCUGCCCUGAUCAGAGAGGCCUGCGCGCAGGCGCAGUCGGAGGCAGCGCGCAGAUACUUGCUCAGCAAUCUUGGCUGCAGUCCUACGCCCACCGCCGUUCCUGCCCACGAUGACUGGGGCGUCCCCGACGCCUCGGGCGAGGGCAACGCCCGCGCGCAUCAGGAUGACAGCUCCUCCGCCGAUGCCCACCGCGCGGUGCCUUCGGAGAGCUGCGCGCCCGCGUACGUCACCCCCCUGGCGGCGGCGAGGACCGACAUCUCUGAGAGCCAGGGCUUUGACGACAUCCCAAGGCUCGAAGAGGUGCUGCGGCAGGUCGCGAAGGAGCUCCGACAGCAGGCGCGGCAAGAUGAGCACUUCUCUGAGCACGCUCGGGUGGCGUACUAG